AUGUACUUCUUGGUAUAUUUGAUAAAAGUCCCACAAAUGGUCCCUUUCUCUGGAACUCUCCCCCAGUCAGACUUUGCUGUCAUGGUGCAACACUGCUCCAGAACAAGGGACAAUCAAGGGACCCUUUUCCUAUUGUCCAACAACCACGCGUUGUUUUCAUGGCCAGGCUGGGAGCAGUUUGCUCUUACUGCCUGUGUCGGAUUAAGAAAAAAGAAUGACGGAAGAAGUCCGGAGCGCGUGUUAUUUUCAUAUGAAUCCACAGCUUCUUUAGCGGAAAACAUCGGGUUGAUUUCGAAAUACUCCCUCAGUUUACUACACUAA